CCAUAUUUUCCCCAUCACGGUUGAAGAGUCUUGAAAAUUCAUUUAACUGUAGUUGAAAAUUUCAGAAUUCAUAAAACAUUCAAUAUCAAAGUGCCGGAUCAAAAAUUUCGUAUGUUUCAAUGGCAGAUGACACAAUUCAUUCAAUAAUGGUACAACACAAUGGAAGAUGGGACGCAUCAGGUAGAUACGUAAAUUUUGAAGUUGAAGGAAUAUUAUACGAUUCCAAAUCAAAGUUUAGUGGUUUGGUCACAGUGAUUGCUGCUCAACUAGGAAUAGAUACAACAAUUCAAGGAUUGGAGAUUAAAUACAUUGUUAGUGACAGAUGCCCGCCAAUGACCAUACACAACGAUAUGGGUGUCCAUGUAUAUUUAGACCAAAAAAAGGAAAACAAAAACUUCUUCAGUAAGUAUCCUUUAUGUAUUACAUUGAGGGAUGUAGCUUUGGAUUUAAUUGAAAUCCAAGACGAUGGAGGCAGCGGUUCGAAUUCUAUACAAUCCGAAUUUUCUAUCCAAAUUUCAUACCAGUUAAUUUGA